UUCCGAAAUUAUGCAGCCUUCAAUGUGGACAUUUUUGGGGUUUUCAAGGUUCUUAUUCGUUGUUCCAGUCUUCCAAAGAGAUGAGAGGAGAGAGUUUGGCUCCAAUAAUGGAGGAUGCAAAGAAGUAUCUAGAGGUGACGCAGGACGAGUCAGAGGCCGUGUCGCGACUCGUUUUUCCAAGCGACAGGAGUAUAUACGAUCAUUUCGUUGAGUCAGGCAUCCGAGUCGACCGAGUCCAACCCGGAUUCAUCGUCUGCACUUUCAAAGUCCCUCCCCGCCUCACUGAUAGAGCUGGAAAUCUGGCUAAUGGUGCAAUUGCAACCCUUGUUGAUGUAGUUGGUGCCUCUACUGUUUUUGUUCCACAUAUCCCUAUGACCGUUUCAGUGGACAUGUCCAUCUCGUACAUGGCAAAGGCGAAGCUUAAUGAUGAGUUAGAGAUCACCUCAAAACAGUUAGGACAAAGAGGUCGUUACUCUGGAACCCAUGUACUUCUAAGAAACAAAGCAUCUGGGGAGAUUAUUGCUGAAGGUCGACAUUCGUUGUUUCGUCCAUUUUCUACCAGCAAACUCUGAAUCCUUUCCACAUAUACAAGUAUAAACGGUGUGGGAACUCCUCCCCCCUGCAAAAAAAAAAUCCCAGCCCCGACUCCUUCCUGUGGUUGGAGUCGGCCGGCUUUCUCUUGCUGCUACCCCUCUUCUUUCUACUCUCUAGCCCAUUACCCACGCCCUCAAGUCCUCCUCCUUCCCCCUCCGCCCUUUCCCCUCGUGACGCAACCCAACCCGUCACCCACACCCCCAAGUCCUCCCCCUUCCCCCGUCAAGCUUUCCCUCCUCUGGUUUUCUCCUGCGGUGCUUUAUUUCUGUUUUCCUUUUGGCUUUCUUUGAGCUUUGUCUCCAUUCCUGAGCUUGUCUCAGAUCGGAACCUUUAGACACCUCUCUUGUAACGAUGCUUCCUUCCAUCGUGUGUCCACAACUACCAACCACUGCUACCAGGCCCCUGGUGCUUCUCCUCGGUGACGAGCUUGGGUUUUGGGUUGCUGUUAAAAGUGCUUUUUGCACUAUUUGGUAGGAUUAUGGGAGCGCUCACUGCGCUGGUGGCUCGCUCACCCCCAUUUUCUGUUGAUCCUGUUGCUCUGUUUGGUUUUAGUGUUUCUGUUGUUUUUCAGUUAUGCCUUUUGGGCUUUGUGUUGUAUUUACUUUUUCUUGAUGGGCUGGUAUUUUGGUUCUGGGAU